AUAUUUCAGUCGAGACUGGCAAAUCAGUGAGAGAAUAAGUGGAAUACGCAAUAGAUGACAACUCGGUCGUUUGAUCGAUGCUCUUCAACCUCUUCUCGUCAACUUUGGCAUUGGAAGCUUAUGGUGAGAGCCGAGGGAUACUAAUUCCGAAGAUAGGAUUAUCAUUAUCAGGAUUGGAACGACAAAAUCGGGUAAAUUCGUGAAGCUACUGGUCCAGUCUCGCUAUUAGCAAGCGCAUUGAAUACUUGGCAACCACGAUUCGAAGAAUAAACAAAGAGGAAUUCAGUCGAGCGAGGGAGUGAGAGAGGCGCUGCAGUCGCUCUCCAACACAAACUUACUUCCAGUCAAUCGCAGAAGUUUCAUCGCACAAAAUCACACACCACCACGCAUGCGCGAAAAACUUUAGUUUUAGAUAUAUAAUGUAAUAAUUAAUGUUUUUAAUAAUUGGUGCCAAAAAAUAUAAAGCGAGAAGGAAGAGGAGCGACAGACAACUGCCGUAGUUUCAUUUGACGGAUUUAGUGAAGCUAUCGAAGAGAUCAUGAAGAGUAGUAGUGUAUUCAUACGCGGCUUCCAGCCAGGAAAAAGAAAAAUUUGUGGGACGGUGAUAGUUCUUGCACUAAUAAUUGGAUCCGUUCUUUUGGCACACACGGCUUUUGGUGACAAAGCAAACGAGAAUUCUUUAAAUAAAGUAUUUUUCGUGUUCCGCCAUGGUGACCGAAACCCAACAGAAACAUAUAACAACGAUCCUUAUAAAAAUUACUUGUGGCCCAAUGGUUGGGGAGCUUUGACUAAGAAGGGAAUGCGUCAAAUGUUCGGGCUUGGACAAUUGAUUCGCAAAGAAUUCGGCUGGAUUACCAAGAAUACGUACAAUAGUGUGAACACAAUAGUGAACAGCAGCUACUCUGAUCGCUGUAUAAUGUCGGCCCAGGCGCUGCUCGCCGGACUUUAUCUAGAAAAGGAUAGCUUUGUUAAAGACUUACAUUGGCGGCCUAUUCCAGUUCAUUACCUCCCGAAGAUUAUGGAUACGAUGUUGGUAGUUGGAAAGCCAUGUCCAAGAUUAACAUCGGAACUUAACAAUGCGUACCUUAAUGAAUCGCGUAGAUCCGAUGCCACGUACAAACUUUAUUAUAAUCGGCUUUCGGAAAUCACCGGACAGACAAUCAGUACAGUAACAGACGUAGAAUUUCUAUAUAAUACUUUGGAAAUUGAGGAAAUGAAUGGUUUGGUACUUCCGCCCAUGAUAAAAGAAUAUUUUACUUUAGAAAUGCGAGAAAUAGCUUCUCGUAGUUAUACAUUAUUUACGAGUAAUAAGAUGCAACAACGGCUUCGUGGAGGUCCUUUAUUGAAACACAUUUUGGAAACCAUGAAAUACGGCAAUGCGAAUGAGAAAAUGUUUUUAUAUUGUACACACGACGUUCAUAUUGUCAAUGUUUUACGAACAAUGGGAUUUACCAAUGAACUUUUCAAACUUGACUUUGGUGUUACUCUUAUAUUUGAGCUACUACAAACUCAUAAAUCGCAAUCGCAACAGGUUCGAAUUUCAAUGUUAAAUAAUACCGAAACAACAGUACCAUAUCUACUGAAAAUCCCUGGCUGUGAAUAUCCUUGCCUGCUUGACAAAUUAUUCGAUAUUUGGCAAGAUGUACUUCCUGUCAAUUGGGAUUUAGAGUGUCAACAACAAUCUUCAUAGUAUUAAAAAAUAUACUCAUGCAAUAGUGUGUAUAUAUAUAUAUAU